AUGAGUCUUCCAGGAUGGCUGCUCGACGUCGUGUUCGAAAUCUUGGGGGUCUUGGAUGCAGGAAAUGAAGAGGACAGAUGCACCAUAGAGCAGUUCAAUCAGAUGCACCCACCCACUUUUGAUGGUCGUGUUGCCGUCUGCAGUGUUCCUUCUUCCUCUCCAUCUUAUUUUCGGAUCUUCCCCUCUACAAGUCAGCAAACGCCACCACUCAUUCCUCCAUCUUCGGCUGCCGUGAGCUUCAAUUGUUUUUUUGGUGUUUUUGGUGCUUGCCGUGAAUGCAUCUUCUGCCAUCGCUUGUUGCCUCUCGAUUUCCGUUGGGGGCUGGUUCCAUACUUUCUUCGCCAAAUAAAAGAUGAUGAGCUCUUCGCCUGUUGGGAGGAAUCUGUACCCGGGAGGGAAUCCAUAAACAUCUUGAAUCUUGUUGUUGCUGUUGAAAGGCUCAUCAUCGAUAUCUGCAGAAAAUCCUUUAUCAGUAGUAGCUGCAAUAUUAUUCAUUGUCAUUGAACCAUCGUUGCUUUCCGGUGUAGUACUAUUGAGGGCUAAUUGGGGUUGCUCUCUAGAGUUAUUGGCGAAUGAUUGAAUGGUAACAGCAGCCAUGAUAAUUGGCUUACGUUCCUUGCCAAUCUCAACCCUCAUAGCAGGAUUCUUAGCUGAAGCAAAAGUUUUAGGAGACGUCAAUAAAUCUAAACUCGUAUGACUUAUAAUGAGGAGCAAUCUGUGUGUUUCAUUUGGACUCUACCC